GCAUUUCAGACUGUCAAAAAAAUUAAACUGAACAAACAUCUGAAAUUGUCAAAAAAGUUUAUUUCUAUUUUUUUGUUAAAAAUUAAUAGUCCGUCAUAUUUUCAUCAACUUCACCCCAUGUAAAAUACUGUAAAGAUGUUUUCCCUUCAAAAUCAGAAUCAAGCAAUACUUACUCUUUCCCAAUUUUCUUCCAAGAUAAAUUCAAGACAGAAUGCUUACAUGAAGAAAAAGGCAACCAAUAAAAAAGAAGCUGUAACAUUUCUCUGCUUAGAUAGCUUUUUGGAAACUCUAAAGAAUGUCGAUUUUUCAUUUGCAAAAUAUUUCAACAUAAAGACUCUAACCGAAACUCAUAUUUUAGAUAAAUUCAAAGUUUCUUAUAUAUCUUUCGACAGCUUUUUAGAAAACAAGCGUGGUAUCUGUGAAAGGAAAUUCAUUGAUGAGCUGCCUCUCCUGUUGUUAAAGGAGGAUCCUAAAGAAUUCAAAAAGUUAUUUAGUUCUCCCAUUUUGAAUUCCUAUGUUAGCACAGACAAAUAUGUGAAAAAACUCACAUACAAUUUACAAGUCAGAGGUUUUAAGACAGAUAGAAGUAUUGAGGCUGAAUUGUCAAGAAAUCCAUCAUUGUUGAGGAGGUUGAAAGUAGUAUUUGGGAUGCAACAUUCAACACACAUUGAUCCAAAACCUCCCAAAGAUAUAGCAGCAAAUAAUGAACGCUUAAAACAUAUUUUAACCAAUGAAGCACAGAAUAUGACAGAUCUUGAAAAAGAAAGACUCAAAAUUGCCUUUGCAGAAGGAUAUUUACUUGGUAAUAACCCAAAGUCUGGUAAAGCUGCCAAGUAUUUCAAAGUUGUCCAACAGGUUUUGACAGUAGCUAUAUUUUUUGCCAUCAUCAUUAGUUUAAUGGCAAGUGCAAGUGGCUCUUCUUUUAGGAUCCAAUUAGGAAAUCAAUUGGAGGUGGAUCCUGAAGAAAUACAUGUUAAGUUUAGUGAUGUAAAAGGGGCAGAUGAAGCCAAGAAGGAAUUGAAAGACGUAGUGGAAUUCCUUAAAAAUCCAGAUAAAUUUUCAAAUCUUGGUGCAAAACUUCCUAAAGGUGUUUUGUUAGUGGGACCACCAGGAACUGGAAAAACCCUAUUAGCGAGAGCAGUUGCUGGAGAAGCUGGAGUUCCAUUUUUCCAUGCUGCUGGACCAGAAUUCGAUGAGGUGUUAGUAGGGCAGGGGGCCCGUAGGGUUAGAGAUUUAUUCAAAUCUGCAAAGGAAAGAGCACCUUGUGUUGUUUUUAUUGAUGAAAUUGAUUCUGUUGGGGCAAAACGAACGAACAGUGUUUUACAUCCUUACGCUAAUCAAACUAUCAAUCAACUUCUGAGUGAAAUGGAUGGCUUCCAUCAGAACGAAGGCGUAAUAGUGUUAGGUGCGACCAAUCGUCGGGAUGAUCUUGACCAAGCACUUCUGCGUCCUGGAAGAUUUGAUGUAGAAGUCACAGUUCCUACUCCAGAUUUUAUAGGAAGGAAAGAAAUAUUAAGCUUGUAUCUCAGUAAGAUACUAUCGAAAGAUAUUGAUGUAGAUCUGUUAGCAAGGGGUACAACCGGGUUUACUGGAGCUGAUUUAGAAAAUAUGGUGAAUCAAGCUGCUUUAAGAGCUGCUGUAGAUGGCGCUGAUUCUGUAAAUAUGAAGUACUUAGAAUCUGCCCGUGAAAAGGUGCUUAUGGGGCCCGAACGAAAAUCUAGAGUACUUGAUCCAGAAGAUAACCUGAUAACGGCAUACCACGAAGGUGGACAUGCGAUCGUGGCAUACUUCACCAAGGAAAGCCACCCUCCACAUAAAGUAACCAUCAUUCCUAGAGGACCUAGCUUGGGCCACACGGCGUACAUCCCAGAGAAGGAACGUUACCACACGACCAAAGCCCAACUUCUCGCCAUGAUGGACACGAUGAUGGGUGGAAGGGCAGCGGAAGAGUUGAUUUUUGGGCCGGAGAAAAUAACUUCAGGUGCCAGCUCUGAUCUUCAGAAGGCUACUUCGAUAGCGACGCAUAUGGUGAAAGAGUGGGGUAUGUCGGAGAAAAUUGGUCCAAGAACUUUGCCAGAAAGGAAGUCAUUCGAAGGGGAAAAUAUAGCACCAGCAACUAACGAAAUAGUGGAUACUGAAAUCAAGAGGUUGCUUACUGAAAGUUAUGAAAGAGCUAAACAAAUUCUUCGAACACAUGCAAAAGAGCAUAAGGCCCUGUCUGAAGCAUUGAUGAAAUAUGAAACAUUAGAUGCUGAUGAUAUUAAAGCUAUUGUGACAGACAAAAUUCCUAAUAUUGAAAAGUCAUAAUAGUGAUAACAAUAUUUAUUUAUGAGAAAAACUGUCUAUAAUAAUGUUACUUGAACCUAUUAUUACUAUUUCAAGUUUUAAGAAAUGUAUAAAGAAAUUUUUAGAAGGCAUAUGAUUUGCAUAAUAACGAUGAAUAAACAAGUUUUAUGAGAAUUACUAUUAUAACAAUUACUGUUUUGAAAACAGGUUUAUAGGAAUUUUUGAAUGAGGUGAAUAAUUUGUGUACCAGGAUGAUUGAACUUCAAGUUUCAUGAAAAUGAGCUUGAAAAGUGAAGAACUUUCUUAUUUUGUCAGUGAUUAACUGUAUUUCAAUAACUAAGUUCUAUUUGAAUUUCAUUUGGACAUAUUUUUUUAAAUAGGCGAAAUGUUUUUGUAUAUAUUUGCCUUGUAUAACUAUCCCAAUAAAAAUGAACAGAAACCGUU